UUGGUUCAAUUUUUCAUCCGUGAACAUUUGAGACGUGGCUGGUUCAACUGAGGUGAUGGCUUUGAAUUUGCCUUCUCCCGCCCAAGUGAAGCCCUUAUUUUUCUCUUCAAAUAACUCCACAAAACUUCCAGGUAGCUUUUCUUUGAAGAGAAAAGAUAGUGACACAACAGUAGAGAGACGAGUUUAUUGCUCUGCCGCUGCUCAAUCACCACCACCAGCAUGGCCAGGAACAGCUAUUCCCGAGCCUUCUGAUUUCAAGACAUGGGAUGGGCAAAAACCUAUUUCUGUCUUAGGAUCUACGGGUUCAAUUGGAACUCAGACACUGAGUAUAGUGGCUGAGUUCCCAGAAAGAUUUAAAGUUGUGAGCCUUGCUGCUGGCUCUAAUAUUACUCUUCUUGCUGACCAGAUUAAAACAUUUAAGCCUGAAGUUGUUGGUCUUAGAAAUGAAUCUUUAAUUGAUGAACUCAAAGAGGCUUUGGCUGAUGUGGAUCACAAACCCGAAAUCAUCCCUGGAGAGCAAGGAGUCAUUGAGGCCGCUCGUCACCCUGAUGCCACCACUGUAGUUACAGGCAUAGUUGGUUGUGCAGGAUUAAAGCCAACAGUUGCAGCAAUUGAAGCAGGGAAAGACAUAGCAUUGGCCAACAAAGAGACAAUGAUUGCGGGAGCCCCUUUUGUUCUUCCUCUUGCUCACAAACAUAACAUAAAAAUUCUUCCCGCUGAUUCGGAACAUUCUGCAAUUUUUCAGUCUAUCCAGGGGUUGCCAAAGGGUGCACUUAGGAAAAUCCUUUUAACUGGAUCAGGAGGUGCUUUCAGAGAAUGGCCUGCUGAAAAGAUGAAAGAUAUUAAGCUUGCUGAUGCAUUAAAGCAUCCCAUAUGGAGUUUGGGGAGAAAAAUAACUAUUGACUCUGCUACCCUUUUCAAUAAGGGUCUAGAAGUAAUUGAAGCACAUUACUUGUUUGGAGCAAGCUAUGACGAUAUUGAGAUUGUUAUUCAUCCUCAAUCUAUCAUACAUUCCUUGGUUGAAACGCAGGAUUCAUCUGUUAUUGCACAGUUGGGGAUACCUGACAUGCGCUUACCGCUCCUUUAUACAUUAUCUUGGCCAGAAAGAAUCUAUUGCUCUGAAGUAACUUGGCCUCGUCUUGAUCUUAGCAAGUAUGGUUCUCUAACAUUUUAUGCACCGGAUGACAAGAAGUUUCCAUCGGUGAAUCUUUGCUAUGCUGCGGGACGUGCUGGAGGCACCAUGACAGGAGUUCUUAGUGCAGCAAAUGAGAAAGCUGUAGAAAUGUUUGUUGAAGAAAAGAUUAGUUAUCUGGAUAUAUUCAAGGUUGUGGAACUAACUUGUCAGGAACAUCAAAAGGAAUUAGUAGCAUCUCCGUCACUCGAAGAAAUUAUUCACUAUGACCAAUGGGCUCGACAAUAUGCUGCUAGUCUGCAAAAAGCUUCAAGUGUUUGAAUCCCAUAUUUCUGACAUAUUUUAGAAGUUGGGGCUGUGGUGGAUUGUUGGCAACUGCUAGCAUAUUUUGUAAAUGUAUUUGUUGGUUCAUCAAUCUUGUAAAAUGUAAAGGGGUAGCUAUAUAAAGUAUAUGUACUCCUAAAAGGGUUUCAAUAAAAGUUCUAGCUUCAGAAUACCAUGUUUUGAGAUGCUAAUGCAACCUAGGCAGUACUUUUGUAAUGCUAUAAUUUUCCUAAUUGUGUGGUUAAGUGAUUAAUUCAAGAUGCAAAGGAAAUAAAAUUUAAAAUUAUGUUAUUC